GUAGUCUAUCUAAAAGAAAAAUCUAAAAAGUCCGUUUAAUAGCCUUAGCCUACAAAUAUUUUUAUUUGGACGGUCUACUCUUAUUCAAAUAUAACCUUGUUCCAAGCAUAAAUGUCCCGGCACAGGUUUGACCCUGUAACAGUUUGACUUAUAGGUAUUAGGCUACAGCACAUUCAUUUCAUGUUUCUAUGUUACACCAGCAAUGUCAGAUUUUCUUCCCCGCUAUUUGUAGCUGAUGUAACUAAUAAUAAUAAUAAAAUGCAAGUAGCCUAAGCCUACAAUAAAAUAUAAAUCUGUAAGUUUUAAUCACAACACAAAGGCACACAUUUGCUGUCUUGAAUAGUCCAAUGCCUCCUUAAAACAAUGUAGGCCUAUGUGAUGUAUAUGUAUGUAGGUUAUAUUCAUAUUUCUAUUUCCAAAUUAUUGUUAUUCUGUUGCCGGUCUUGCAACUCUGUAUCAGGAGAGUUUGUUACAAGAUGUGUACGCACUGCACCUGCUGCACCUGCAGAGGCAGUCGAAAGUUUGGUAGAGGCGCUGCAGAAGUUUUUUGAAGUGGGCUGGACUAUUCACUAAAGAAGGGACGUGCAAAACAGCAUUUGGAAGUUUCAGGAAACAAGUGCGCUACCUCCCGAGGAGAGGAAUGGAAUGCACCCGGAACUCUAUCCUCUUCAACGUGUAACCUGUUGAGAGUUUAGCUAAACUACCUGCUCACAAGCACCGUUCAUAUGAGGGAGAUGACAACUUGAGACUUUCCAACAUCAGAAGUCCCAAAAAGUCAAAUAGGAUACCGAUUGAAAAUGGCGUCCUGUGAAGUAAACGGGGAUGAACUUUUAGAAAUUGACAUUUGCGACAGUAUGUACUCUGAAGCGGAAAGCGGAGUUUUUGUCAACUCAGCUGCGUCUUUGUCGGAUAGCUUCUCCGCCUUUCAGAAAUGGAGUUCCACAUCAAGCCACGGCAACGCCACCGCCGCUGACUGCUCAAAUGACACAUCAUCCCAAACUCAUUGCGAACAGGAGGUCCUGAAUGGAAGUGCCAGCGCAGAAGCCGAGGAAACAGGCAUCUAUUCUGAUACUGAGGGCCAGGACGAGAACCUCAAAAUCCCACGCACCUCAAUCGUGGACUGUCUGCUAGUGGAGCUAUAUGACACCUACAGCAGCAACAGGAGAAGCGUGGACAGCCUGGACAGCUCCACGGAAGCUUCCAGCUCCGAUGCCUUCUUCGGCCGCAGUAACACGGGUUCCAGCUUCCUUCAAGAGCUGCAGGAGAAGCACACCAGGCGGCACCAGAUGAACUACCUGGCUCAGAAAGCCCCGGAGCAGCUGCACUGGAUCAUCCAGGAGGUGAAGUACCGCACCGGUCUGCAGUCCACCAAGCUGCUGCGUCAGCUGAGAAGACGAGACCGCCUCCACCACAAGCUCCAGAAGAACUACGACAUCAUCACCGCCUGCCUGCAGGCCGUCUCCCAGAAGAGACGAGUGGACACAAGGCUGAAGUUUACCUUAGAACCCUCGCUGGGCAAAAAUGGCUUCCAGCAGUGGUACGAUGCCCUCAAGGCUGUGGCCAGGCUGCCGACAGGCAUCCCGAAAGAGUGGAGGAAGAGGGUUUGGCUGACCCUUGCCGACCAGUACCUCCACAGUAUCUCCAUAGACUGGGAGAAGACGCUCCGCUUUGCUUUUAACGAGCGCAGUAACCCUGACGAUGACUCCCUCGGCAUCCAGAUUGUCAAGGACCUCCAUAGGACAGGCUGCAGUUCCUACUGCGGCCAGGAGGGGGAGCAGGACCGGGUGGUGCUGAAGCGGGUGUUGCUGGCGUACGCUCGCUGGAACAAGACUGUGGGCUACUGCCAGGGCUUCAACGUUCUGGCCGCCCUCAUCCUGGAGGUGACGGAGGGCAGCGAGAGUGACGCGCUCAAGGUGAUGAUCUACCUGAUAGACAAGGUGUUACCAGAGAGCUACUUUGCCAACAACCUGCGUGCUCUCUCAGUGGACAUGGCCGUGUUCAGGGACCUGCUGAGGCUCAAGCUGCCCCGCCUCUCACAGCACCUGCACCACCUGCAGAAGGCAGCCAACCGCGAGGCCGGAGGCAGCUACGAGCCGCCCCUGACCAACGUGUUCACCAUGCAGUGGUUCCUCACCAUGUUCGCCACCUGCCUGCCCCCGGCCACCGUGCUGAAGAUCUGGGACUCGGUGUUCUUCGAGGGCUCCGAGGUCCUGCUGAGGGUGGCCCUGGCCAUCUGGGAGCGGCUGGGCCAGAGGAUCGAGUACUGCCAGACAGCUGAUGAGUUCUACAGCACCAUGGGCUGUCUGACGCAGGAGAUGCUGGAACACAGCCUCAUAGAGCCCACUGACAUGAUGCAGGAAGUGUACUCCAUGGCAGUGUUCCCCUUCCCCCAGCUGGCUGAGCUCAGAGAGAAGUACACCUACAACAUCACCCCCUUCCCCACCUCCGUCAAGGCCAAUGGCAGCAGUGGGCUGGGAGGCUGGGACAGUGAUGACGAUGCUGACAUGGAUGAAGAGGACUCUGUGGUGACGGCUCUGGGCUGCCUGGGGCCCCUGGGGGGGCUGCUGGCCCCUGAGCUCCAGAGAUACCAGAAACACCUCAAAGACCAGAGCAACAUCGGGGAGCUGAGCCCGGGGGCGGUGGGGGCGGGGGGGGCCGGCAGGGCGGAGCACCGCGCCGCCAUCAACAGUAUGAUGGAGGAACGCAUGAGUACGGAUAUCUGGGCCCUGAAGAAGCAGUACGGUCGCAUCAAGAGACGGCAACAGCAGCAGGCCACGCAGGUCUACAUACGCACAGGACCUGGAAUGACCACAACCCCUGGGGUCCCCCAAGAUCCCCCCACCAUCCCCAAACAUGACAAGUGCCCCGCCACCAGUGUCCUGGCCUCCCAGCUGAACCCCUCCUCCCCAGUGGUCAACCACCUCCUUCUGGGUCGAAGGCCCCGCUCUUCCAGGGCCAGCCUCACACACGGACCCCCCUCGCCGGGCCUCAGGCCUGCAGCCCUGCCCCAGUCCCCAGCCUCCUCCCCCUCCAGGCCCCAGGCCCAGUCCGGCCCGGCCCAGAUGGGCUCCCCCUGGCGGGCCCACGUGCGCGCCCACCGCCGGAACGUGGCCAGGGCACGCGCUCAGCUGGGCUUCGGAGACCCGGAGGAUCGGGAGGAGGUGGGGGAGGAGCCUGGGAUGUGCGACAGACGGCCGUCCGAGAAGGGAGGGGAGAAGAGAGGUGGUUCUGGUGGGGGAGGAGAGGCUGAGGAGGAGGAAGAAAGGAAGAAGGUGGAAGUGGAGGAGGAGGAGGAGGAAGAGGAGGGGAAGGAGGUGGAAGUGGAGGAGGGGAGGGAGGUCAGCCCUCUGCCUUUGUCUCCUUCCCAAAGCUCCUUGGCGGGAGCAGGAGAGGAGGUGGGGGAAGUGGAGGAGGGGCUCGCCUCCCUGGAGCUGGAGAUCGGCGUGGGAGCCGCCCCUCCCGCAGAGACUGAGCCAGUCGCAGCCCUGGAGGCGCCCCCCUUGGUCCCCGAGGCCACAGCCGAACUGCGCUCCCUCCGCCGCUCCCCCUCCACCCCCCUCACCUCGUCCUCCUCCUCCUCCACCCCCUUACCCCUCUCCUCUUCCCCCCCCUCCCCAGACCCGCCCUUUGGCCUCUCCUCCGCCCCCGCUGCCUGCUACCCCAGCACCCCCACCCCCCUGGAGGCGGCCCCCCAUCCCUCCCGGCCCCUGGCCCAGCAGGGGGUCUUCUCUCCGUUCCCCUGCGUCAAGCAGCCCCGCAAGUCGCCGGCCGCCCGCAACCUGGGCCUGUACGGCCCCACCCCCCGCACCCCGACCGUCCACUUCCCCCAGCUCAGCCUCGGCCGCAGUAUCACCUCCGCCACCACCAGGAGGCGCUGA